AUGGAGAAAGUAGGGUAUAAUUGUAGGAUUCUGACAUUGGUUAUUACUGUAAUAGGUGUGGUGCUGCUGGUUGGCAGUUGUUGCGCUGAUUUAGAGAUGGAUUUCUACGCAGAAUCGUGUCCGAAAGCUGAGCAGAUCGUGUAUGACUAUGUCAAUCACCACAUCCCUAAUGCUCCUUCUCUUGCAGCUUCCCUCAUAAGAAUGCAUUUCCAUGAUUGCUUUGUUAGGGGAUGUGAUGCAUCGGUGCUGCUGGACUUCACGCCAGCCACCAAAAACCAGACGGAAAAGGUUGCGACCCCUAAUCAAACGGUCAGGGGGUUCGACUUUAUCAACAGGGUGAAGAACCUGCUGGAGGACGAAUGCCCUGGCGUCGUCUCCUGCGCCGAUAUCAUCACAUUGAUUGCAAGAGAUGCCAUUGUUGCAAUUGGAGGUCCUUUCUGGAGAGUGCCGACAGGGCGUAGAGAUGGGGUGAUAUCAAAUGCUUCAGAAGCAUUAGACCAAAUUCCAGCUCCAUCCAGUGACUUCUCCACCCUCUACGCACAUUUUGCUAAUAAGGGUCUUAAUCUAAAAGACCUUGUUUUGUUAUCUGGUGCUCAUACUAUUGGUAUUUCGCAUUGCCCGUCGUUCGCAAACCGUCUCUACAAUUUCACGGGCGUGGGGGACGGGGAUCCGUCGCUAGACAGUGAGUAUGCAGCCAAUCUCAAAGCCAAGAAAUGCAAAUCCAUCAAUUCCACGACGAAAGUGGAGAUGGAUCCAGGAAGUUUUAGGACGUUCGACCUUAGCUACUACACACUUGUGCUUAAGCGAAGGGGUUUAUUCGAGUCCGAUGCAGCACUGCUGACUGACCCCAGAACGAGAUCAAUUAUUACUCAACUCGUGCAGGGAUCUAUCGAGAAUUUCUAUCAAGAAUUUGCAAGUUCGAUGGAGAAAAUGGGUAAAAUUGAGGUUAAAACUGGUAGUUUUGGUGAAAUUCGGAAACAUUGUGCUGUCGUAAAUUAA